CGUGGAGACAGGCGUAAUUUACUGUCACCUCAGCUGCUAACUGAACACAGGGUGACACGCUGGCCAUGGGGCAUCAGCUGGCCUUCACGGAGCAGAACGCCGAGCGCAUCCUGGCGGUGCAGGGGCUCUUCGGCACUUCGGGCAAGCCCUUGGCCAUGCCGGGCCGCGUCCUGGUCGGGGAGGGGCACCUCCUCAAGCUGUGCCGGCGGAGCCCGCAGCCCCGGGCCUUCUUCCUCUUCAACGACAUCCUGGUGUACGGCAGCGUCGUCAUCCUCGGCCGCUGGUACGCCAACCAGCAGGUGGUGGCGCUGGAGGACGUGUCGCUGGAGGACGCGGAGGACGGGCUGGACAUGAAGCACCAGUGGCUGAUCCGCACGCCGCGCAAGUCCUUCUACGUGUCGGCGGCGUCGGCCGAGGAGAAGCGGGCGUGGAUGGAGCACAUCGGCGAGUGCCGGGCCGAGCGGCUGCGGCGCACGGGCAAGCCGGCGGGCACGCGCUUCGCCGCCGUCUGGGUGCCCGACCGCGCCUCGGCCGUCUGCAUGCGCUGCUGCAGCCGCUUCGGCCUGGCGCAGCGGCGCCACCACUGCCGGCGCUGCGGCUUCGUGGUGUGCGCCCCCUGCUCCCGGGCGCGCCGCGUCAUCCCCGAAAUCUCGCCCAAGCCCGUGCGCGUCUGCCGGCUCUGCCACCAGGGGAGCCCGCCGCCCGACCCGCCGGAGCAGGGCGCCACCCUGGCCGGCCGCGGCCGCGGCGGCAGCGACGGGAAAAACUCGUCCGAGGAGGACGAGUCGCCGUACGAGCCGUCCAGCGGGGAGGACGACUGCGAGGAAGGGUACGCGGAGCUCGCUCCCGCUCAGUGGGAAUCGCAGAACCACGUCAGGAACAGCUCCUGGUCGCCGUACGUCGACUUGAGCAAUCAUCUCCAGAUUUCUGACAUGGGCAACUAUUAACGCAAACGAUGCAAAGCUACAGCCUUCACGGAACUGAAGUGUAAACAUGUACACCUCCACAACAGCAGUGAAUGCUUUCUUUGUGUGUAAAAAAAUGUGUAUAGCCUAAAGCAAUGUAUGUAUUUAGCUGCAAUAUUUCUGCUUCAUCAAAGCGUCCAUAUGUUCAUCAGUUGUGUAAUGGUUGAUAUUGUGACCAGACACACAAGAAAAAACAUGCAUGAUUUAUAUGACUGAAAAUGACUCUCGUGUUGGACACACAAACCACAUCUUUCAUUUUCUAAGAUUCAUGACUUUAUUGCUUUAUCAUUUUAUGAAAAAGGUAGAAUAUCAGGUGUCCCAUUUCCUUGCCCUUCUGUUUGUGAACUGAAAUGAACAACCUGAACUCUAUCAUUUAAAGUGAGCAGCUGAAAAAAUAACCUGAAAUUAAACUGUAUGUCACUGUCAAAAUAAAUAUGAUCCUUUGUCCCAGACGAGCAAGGUCUCCAUCUGUGGAUUUAUAGAUUGCUGCUGAAAAACUUGCCCUGAGGAAGAGACUUUGUGUUCUCUGCCCAAGGGAUGCCCAUGCCCAUGUCUUUAAGCUCAAAGAUGUCUAUUCAUGUGCAAACUGCUCUUCUUUAUUAUGAUGAUUAUUAUUUGUAGCAGUAGUACUAAUAGUAGUAGUAGUAUUAGUAUUGGAUAUUUAAAAAUAAAGUACAUGAACUUUUAACAGCUUAUGGAAAAUUGAUAGUACUGUAUCAAGAUUUGGUGGGUUUUUACAAUUAUAUUCACUUCCUAUAUGCAUCAGUUAUUAUGGCAUAAAUCUGGGCUCACAGUGGUGCUGUAACAGUUUAUGGAAUAGUAUUCUUCAUAUACUGUCAAUGUCCAUUAAGUAGCACUUAUAGGAAACAUAAAAGCUAGCUUAUAAGCUAACUAUAAGUAUAGCACACGGCAAGUAACUACAGAACUAACUAUAAGUAAAAAGUACUAAUCGUUAACUUCUAAGUAUUUUUGAAUGGUAAGGCCUGCAAUCUUGCAUAUGGUGGGACUUAUUUGCUAAAAAUAGUGCAGCGUGCUCCAAACAAGUGAGCAGUCCUGUAGAACGGCAUUCCCUGCUGCAGGGCUUUUUAACAUAGCUGUAGGCUCUGUGUCAACACUAUAGAACACUGUUGCCUCUAACUCUGUUGCUAGUGAGAAAAAAAAUGCAAUGGCAACAAUACACAUACCAUUGCGUAAAUUCUGUGAACAAAGUCGUCUUUUGUCUUCGAGAAAAUCAGCAACAUGACCAGCUCUCUGGCCAGGGGGAAAUGGGAAGUGGGAUGUGGGGAGGAACAUGCAAUUUAGACUAAUGUCUAAACAGAGAACCAGAAAAUGCACUUUCCUUGUCUUUCCUUAAGCCAAAAUGUGCCAUAAAUGUCCUUCACACAAACCCCCAGAGACAAGACUUAAUACAAUUAAAAAUAAAAGAUAUUCAUUUUUAUUUUUAUUUUUCUUUUAUGACAUAGGUUAUGAUAUAAUGUUUUUGUGGCUAAGUGACUCAUAUUUGUCAGGGACAUGUGUACGGAACCAUUUUGUGAAGCAGUAUAAACCUUUGCUUGUGGAAAAGGGCCUGGCUCAGAAGGGAGUAAUGAUCGAGGGAUUCUUUUUUUUUUAAUUUGUAGAAAAUAUACCUGUUCUAAAAACUGCGCUCCGAAAAGUUAGGGGAUUUUUCUAUUGUGCAACCUGGGUCAAACCAUACAAGAGGCUGUAGUUCUUUUUUUAAACUCUUCAUUCUUCUUAAUUUCUCAAAUAAAGUGAAACUCAAACAGAA